AUGUUUGAAUUUAAACACAUAUCCAUAUUCUGUCUUCCAGCUCUGAAGCCAGAACGACUCCACCUAGUGGCCUGUGGGAGGAACCACACACUUGUCUGCACAGUGGACGGGCAGCUCUUCUCCAGCGGUGGGAACAGUGAGGGACAGCUGGGCCUUGGAGACUGUGAUGAACGGACAACCUUCCACAGAGUCCAGCUCAACGCUCACGGACCAAUCAAAGUGCUCGCUGCUGGCUCCAACACGUCGGCCGCACUCACAGAGAGCGGGCAGCUGUUCAUGUGGGGCGAUAACUCGGAGGGGCAGAUCGGUCUGGGCAAACAGAGCCAUGUGUCCAGACCUCAGGAGGUGACUGUAGGCAGACGAGUCAGAUCUGUGUCCUGCGGCUACUACCACUCCGCUCUCAUCACAGUGGAUGGGGAGCUGUUCACGUUUGGAGAGACAGACUGUGGUAAACUGGGUCUGAGUGCGGAGCAGCUGAGCGGGCACCGGCUUCCCCAGAGAGUGAGGGGCAUCAGUGACCCAGUGCGGAGGGUGUCGUGUGGAGGGGGUCACACUGUGGCCUUGACAGAUGAGGAUGUGUACACAUUCGGCUUGGGGCAGUACGGACAGCUGGGACAUGGCACUUUCAUUUUCGAGUCUCGACUCCCGCGACACGUGGAGCAUUUUAGGAAAGGACGAGUUUGUGACGUGAGCUGUGGAGAGAACCACACUGCUCUGAUUACAGACAGUGGUUUGCUGUACACGUUUGGGGACGGCCGUCAUGGAAAGCUGGCUCUGGGAGAGGAGAACUUCACAAACCAGUUCAAGCCCACGCUGUGUCCACGCUUCCUCAGUUUCACCAUCCAGACGGUGUCGUGUGGUGGUUGUCACAUGGCGGUGGUGGCGAGGCCCAGGCUGGACUCUGAGGCCGAGUUGAGUCUGGAGGAAGAUGAUAGCACGGAGGACCCCCUGGAGCGACCCUACGUGGAGUUGUAUGAACACGACCGCAAUUUAAACCACGACCAGACCGACGGCAGCCUGGGGCGGAGCCUGUCUGCCCGGGUGCGCCGCCGCGAGAUGGAAAGGUCUCCAGAACAGUUUGGAUCCAUUUUCAAAAGUCUUCCCAUGUCUGUAACUACUGUUGGGCUCCUACCUCCACCAUCGGCCAAUCAGAAGCUUCUCCAGCCCCUGUCAUCCAAUCAGAGACAGCAAUUGCCCUCAGAGGAAAAGAGAAAGGUGCAGAGCGGCAAGAAGCAUCACGGAGAGACCUGCAGUGUUGCAGAGAGCUUGUCGGACUCUGAGAGCGUGGCUGGUUUGGGCGACAGCACAGACUUCCUGAACGUGACUCAUGUGAUGCAGAUGGACGAAGCCGAUAGCAGUGACAAGACUCUCACUCUGUCCCCAGUGCAGAAGAGGAAAGUUAAACCCGGUAAGAAAGCAAAACUUCACAAGGAGCAGCUCCGGAACGAGAAAAACUCUACUUCCACCGCUUCCAGUGCGCCCACUAAACCCCAGAGACUCAGAAGCUCCAGUGCAAGCUCGCCGGGGUCGAAGAGUGCUAAUCAGAAAAUGGGCAAAGAGAACAGGCAGGACCCUGAAGCGAAAAGGAAAGCUGAGAAAGAGCCCAAAGAGAGAGCGCGUUCGCAAACUACAAAACAGCUGCAGCCGGUGAAGGAGAAACAACGCUUGAGUUCGGAAAGUAGCGCACGCGAUUUGUCUCAUUUACGUCGUAGAAAGGCGGGGAAAAAAGCAGAGAAGCUAACAUUAGCGGCCAGUAGCAACACAGAGACAAAUCACACCAAAAGUCAAUCUACAAUCUCGCUGAGAACUCUGCAGAAAGAGUCACAAAAGAUAAUCACAAAAGCUAAAGGCGAUGAUAAGUCUGGGAAAAAGUCUAAAGAUUCAGCGCAGAAUAGUGAACCGGAGAGCGCACCACACGGUUUGGGGGCGCUACAAAGAGCAGACCAUAAAUUUACCACAACUAAACUUAAAAACAACAAAGGCAAGAAAAAGUCUAAAGACAACGCAAAGACGAGCGAAUCAGAGAGUGAAAUGGAUAGUGUGCGGAAGCUUGACAAAGCGUUUAGCAGCGUCACUGAGACGAGCAGAACUCAACCUAAAGACACGCUAACGCCACAGAAAGUACUGAGAAAUAAAGCGGCCAAAAAAAAGAUUUCUAAAAAGUCUAAAAACAAAGAGCAGGGGAGCGAGUCUGAGAGCACGUCGGCCGGUUUGGGGAAGCUAGCCGGUGGGGCUGCGUUAGCUUUGGCGGCGGGGGCGGCAGGAGCUACACUAGUGCGCGAAAUCACGUCACAAAGUGAAACACAAACCGAGCCGAGCGUUCGCCGUCUUAGCCACAAAAUGUCGACGGUCAGCAUCAACGUGAUCCCCGACAGUCCGGACAGAGAGCAGCGAACGAGCGCUGACGUCAGCGAAGUGGAGGAAGAGGAGGAAGAGGAGGCAAGCCAAAGCACAGCUACAAAGUCAGACCAAGACAGUAGAUCCACGAGCAAAACGAGCAAGAAAUCACAACAUACGAAAAAAGACAAGAGUGAAAGUAUCGAGAAAUCUGACCAAGAGGAGAGCGAGUCUACGGUGAAGAAAUCGGACGUUACAGAUGAGGAAGAGGAGGGGGAAGAGGAAGAAGGAGAGAGCGACAGUUCGGUGAAUAAAUCGGAAGAAGAUGAAAGCCAGUCAACCACAAAAAAAUCUGACACUACUGAAGAUGAGAGCGAAUCUACAGUGAAAAAUUUGGAAGAUACGGACAAAGACGAAAGCGAGUCGACUGUCAAAAAUUCAGAGGUUACAGAUGAAGAGGAAGAAGAGGAGGAGGAGGAAGAGGAAGAGGGUUCAGCGGAUAAGUCAGAAGAUACAGAUGAAGACGAAAGUGAAUCAACAGUAAAGAAAUCUGAGACGGAGGAGGAGGAGGAGGAGGAGGAGGAGGAGGAGGAAGAAGAAGAAGGCAGUGAAAGUUCAGCUUCGAAGGAGGAUGAAAGUGAAGAAGAGGAGGAUGAGGAGAGUAAAAGCAGUGCAGGGAAAACCAAAGAGGAAGCCGAGAGUGAGGAAGAGGAGGAGGGAAGUGACAGCACAGAUAAUAGAAGCGAAGAGGAGGAGGAUGAGAGCAGUGAGGCCGAGGAAGAGGAGCAGGAUAGUGAGGAGGAGAGCAGUCAGUCCGAGGAGGAGCAGGAUAGUGAGGAGGAGAGCAGUCAGUCCGAGAAGGAGGAGGAGAGUAGUGAUGAAGAGGAGAGUGAAGAUGAAAGCAGUGAGGAAGAGGAGCAGAGGAAAAGCAGGUCUCGCAGGGCUGGGGUCAGAGGGCAGGCCGCAGAUGAAGAGUUCUGGGAGGACAGGUGGCACCAGCAAGACUCAGCGCAAGAAGAGGACGCAGCAGCGGAGCCGAGGGAAGAGAAGGUUGGUGAUGAAGAGUGUGACGUUGAAGAGUCUAGAUCAGACGACAGUUCAGACGAAACCGUGGAAACUCCAGAGCAGGAAGGGGAGUCUGAAGAAGAGGAGUCAACUUUGCAGGAGCCCAAAGGUGCGCAACAGGAAGAGAUGCCCAGAGAGGAGGAGCCAAACCAUGAGACUGAACAACCAACCAAUGGCACAACUGAAAGCUGCUCCGACAGCCAAUCAGGACGCUCCAAAAAGUUGUCCCUCUUCAGAAAACUCUCCUUCUCUCGGUCGAAGCAGAUAGACCCACCUCCUCCCUCUGCCCCUGCCCCAGCUCAGAGCUCUGUCAGCGGGGACACACAGACAGACACCCCUCUUCCUUCUGCCCUUGCCCCAGCUCAGAGCUCCACCAGCGGGGACACACAGACAGCACAGGCCCCUGACCCUGGAGGAGUGAACAGGGGGCCUUCGGUCAGAGCCUUCCCCAGACGGAGCGCCUCGUCUGGGGCCUGUGUGCUGCUCUGA